GAAUUAUAUUUCCCCACGGGCCCACCAAAACCACUAAUCCAGUUUUGGGCUAGCCUGGAUUGUAGGUCAUGGCGACGUCAUUCGUCCCAGAAUCUAGAAUCGCAGGAAUGACGAGGUCGAUUUUUUUAUUCCUGCUUUCUUCUGGAAUCGCCAAUUGCAUGGCUGUGUAGAUGGUCAUUGGUGGGUUCGCUCGUCACCAUGACGCGCAUUCAAUGAUCAUCGUUCCAUGGACGCAGUUCUGGAUUCACGUUCAGAGGCCAGACUCAACAUUACUUGUGCCUCGGGUGAAUUGCCUCGCGGAGCAAAUCAAGGUUAUCAACGUCAUGGAGGUACAGAUAUAGAAGCAGAUGAAAGAUAUAUAAACCCUUCAAUCCCUGGUCUUAAUCCCUUCUUCAUCAAUCUCAACAAGACAAACAAUCGAAUCACAACCACUCUUAUCAACUUCUACUCUUUUAACCACUUUCACACUUUCUACCAAACCACUCGCAAAUAUGUCUGACGCCGGACGCAAGGACUGGAGCACCAAGGCCAAGGAGGAGCUCACUCCUGACUCCGCCAAGUCCACUCAGCAGAAGAUGAAGGAGGGCGCCACUGAUAUUGGUGACCGCUUCGCCCGUGGCGCCCAGCCCGACGACCAGAAGUCUGGCAUGCAGGAGACCUUCGACAAGGGCCAGCGCAUGCAUGACAACAAGAACCACGGCGGUACCGGCGAGUCGAUCCUUGACAAGGCCAAGAACGCGAUGGGUCUCGGUGACCAUUAAGCUUGAGUCUGGAGGAUCACCCGUGACCGUUCAUCAUGAAUACUUCUUAUGAUCUGAUGAUUUAAUCCUCAUGUACUGUAUUAAGCUUAGUAUUUUGUGUCAAUUAAUGACCAUCAUAUGAAUUAAUCAGAACUUAAUAUUCUGAACCA